AUGACGCAGGCCAUUGCGAACGGCCGGAACGGCCAGAACGGCUACCACGUGGACACCGAGCCCGAAAGUUCUAGCAUCAGUGCCAGCAGCAGCAACGCCAGCGAAUACGGCGUCGAAGGCACAAACGGGAUCACCAACGGCACAGGAAACCUCACGCUCAACGGGAAUGGGAACGGGAAUAUCAGAGAUCGCAUGCAACGCAAAAAGUCCAGCCCAAUGAUGCCUAGUUUUAUGGUUUCGGCGCCGGGAAAGGUGAUUGUGUUUGGUGAACAUGCGGUUGUGCACGGCAAGGCGGCGAUCGCGGCUUCAAUCGCUUUGCGCUCCUACCUCCUCGUAACAUCGCUCUCCAAGUCGAGAAAGACUGUCACACUCAAGUUCCCAGAUAUCGACUUUGACCACUCGUGGAGGAUUGACGAACUGCCCUGGGCCAUCUUCCAGCAGCCGUCGAAAAAGAAGUACUACUACAGUCUCGUCACCGAAAUCGACCAGGAGCUCGUCGCCGCCAUCCAGCCAUACCUCGCCGAUGUCUCGCCGGAUAAGCCGGCGGAUGUUCGCAAAGUUCACCAGAACUCGGCCGGUUCUUUCUUGUACAUGUUCUUGUCCCUUGGAUCACAGUCGUUCCCCGCCUGCCAGUACACAUUGCGCUCCACGAUUCCAAUAGGCGCAGGACUCGGAAGCAGCGCCACUAUUGCUGUGUGUCUCUCGGCAGCCCUGUUGCUUCAGCUUAGGACACUUUCUGGGCCCCAUCCGGAUCAACCGCCUGAGGAGGCCCGCAUGCAGAUUGAGCGCAUCAACCGAUGGGCGUACGUCUACGAGAUGUUCAUCCACGGCAACCCCUCCGGUGUGGACAACACCGUCUCCACACAGGGCAAGGCCGUCAUGUUCCAGAGAACGGAUUACAGCAAGGCACCUGAUGUAAAACCACUUUGGGAUUUCCCCGAGUUGCCACUCCUUUUGGUCGACACCAGGACGCCGAAAUCCACGGCGCAUGAGGUGGCCAAGGUGGGGAGGUUGAAGGACACUCACCCGAAGCUUGUUGGCAGCAUUCUUGAUGCCAUUGACAAGGUCACGCAAACAUCGGCUGAGCUCAUUGCCGAGGACGAUUUCUCCACGGAGAAGGAGGACAGCCUUCGCCGUGUGGGCGAGCUGAUGAACAUCAACCACGGUUUGCUGGUCUCACUUGGCGUCUCACACCCCAGACUCGAACGUGUCCGCGAGCUGGUAGACCACCAAGGGAUAGGCUGGACGAAACUAACCGGUGCCGGUGGUGGUGGUUGCUCGAUUACUCUCCUAAAACCCGGGGUUCCUAGAGAGAAACUCGCUAGGUUAGAGGAGCAGCUUGACGAGGAGGGCUACCAAAGAUUUGAGACUACGCUUGGUGGUGACGGCGUGGGUGUUUUGUGGCCUGCGGUUCUAAAAAACGGCACGGUGGAGGAUGAGGAGGGUGGUAUGGAGAUUGAUCAGGAAAAGUUCCUCAAUGCGCAGGGGAAUGAUGGUGUGGAGAGGCUGGUGGGUGUGCAUGGUGGCAUGCCUGGGGAGAGGGAAGGGUGGAAGUUUUGGAGAGUGGAAAGUAACCCGGAUAUCUAG